AUGCGGGCCACUUUAGCGCCAGCCAUGGCCUCGGGGCUCUGCGGCGGGGCGGCGCAGUGGCGUGCCUCGUGUGCGGUCUGCGUGCCGACGAGGUGCGGCGCCGCCGGCGGGCAGCCGCAGCGGGAGCCCGCCCGCCGGGCGGACUCCGGCGAGUUGAAGAUUGGGUCUCCGAUCAUCGUCGUGGAGGCGCCGCCGACCUUGAAGACUGCCACCGCCAUGCCCAGCCUGAGGAUUAACAACGGGCUCGUCAAGCCCGGCGACGUGGGGAGGUGAGGAACGAGACGACACAGUCCCUCCGAAUCGAACGAGCGAACGAAUGACCAGAUGUCUUGAGUUCUCUCUCUUUCUCUCUUGUCAUAUGUGCAGAAUAGUGGGGAGGAAGCCCAUGGACGUGUGGGCAGUCCGCCUGGCGAUCGGGACGUACCUCAUCGACGGCAAGCACUUCAGGUCCCUGGACCUCGCCGGUGAGGACCCCCCUCCUACCUCGGACGCCGCGAGUCAAUGA